AUGGAUCUCCUGGGAGCAGGGACCCUCCUCCUGGCCGCCUGCCUGGCCGGCCUCCUGGCCCUCUCCUCCUGGCAGCGAAUGCGCAGAAGGGGCAAGAUGCCCCCUGGGCCCAGACCCCUCCCCCUGAUUGGGAACCUGCUCUGGAUAGACCGAAACAACCUGCCCAAGUCACUCAUCAAGCUGAGCGAAAAGUACGGGCCGCUCUACACACUCCAGCUGGGCCCCCGGCGCAUCGUGGUGCUGUGCGGCUACGAGGCCAUUAAGGAAGCCCUGGUGGACCUGGGGAACAAGUUCCGGGACCGGGGACAGCAGGCCAGUUUUGACUGGAUCUUCCAGGGCCACGGAGUUGCCUUCAGCAACGGGGAAAAACCCAUCCACCUGCGACGGUUCUCCAUCACGACCCUGCGCAAUUUCGGGGUGGGCAAGAGGUCCAUCGAAGAGCGGAUCCUGGAGGAAGCCCACUUCCUGCUGGAAGCCCUGAGGGGCACAAAAGGGGCCCCCUUUGACCCCACCUACUUCCUGAGCCGCUCCGUGUCUAACGUCAUCAGCUCCAUUGCCUUUGGCAGCCGCUUUGACUACGAAGACCAAGAGUUCCUCUCUUUGCUGACCGCAGUGAAUGAAAUCUUUCGCUUCAGCUCCUCCGCCCGAGGACAGCUCUUGGACAUCUUCUUUGAAAUUGUGCAACGCAUCCCUGGCUCACAUCAAAUGGCUUUCAAGAGGUUUUGUGAGCUGAAGGAAUUUGUGGCCAAGAAGGCAAAAGCCCACCAGGAGACCCUGGACCCCAACUCCCCACGGGAUUUCAUUGACUGCUUCCUGGUGAAAAUGCAGCAGGAAGAAAACAACCCCAACUCUUUCUUCUCCAUGGAGGAACUGGUGGCAACCACGCUUAACAUCUUCUUUGGUGGGACGGAAACGGUCAGCACAACUUUGCGUUAUGGGUUCCUGAUGCUGCUGAAGUACCCAGAGGUGGAAGAGAAGAUCCACGAGGAGAUUGACCGUGUCAUUGGAGUCAAUCGGACUCCCAGCAUGGAGGACAGGCUGCGGAUGCCCUACACGGAAGCCGUGAUUCAUGAGAUGCAGAGAUUUGGGGACAUUCUCCCCAUGGCACUGCCACGGCGUGUCACCCAAGAUGUCCAGUUUAGAGGGUACACAAUUCCCAAGGGGACCGAGGUUUUCCCCAUGUUGGGAACAGCGAUGAGAGACCCCAAACAUUUUGCAAGACCGGAGAAGUUUGACCCCCAACACUUCCUGGAUGAAAAGGGGCAGUUCAAGAGGAAAGAGGCAUUCAUACCCUUCUCCACUGGAAAGCGCUACUGCUUCGGAGAACAUCUGGCGCGUGCUGAGCUCUUCCUCUUCCUCACCAGCAUCCUGCAGCACUUCCACUUCAAGUCAGCUAUGCCCCCUGAAGACAUCGACCUCUCCCCAAUGUUGGUGGGGUUUGGCACGAUCCCAAAGGCCUAUGAGUUCUCUGUCAUCCCCCGCUGAGCGAGGGGCCCUCUGGCGCCUUUGCCACAUCUGCCCCUGUGCCCACUAAGGACAUGGCUCUCUUGCGGAGGGCACCGCAGCUGCCUCUCCAUCUCCAGAGAGCCUGGCACCUACGGGCACCCCCUCCCCUGCGUUGGGUUCCGCCUCCUGCUCCUCUCCCCAGCGUCUGUGCCCUUUCCUGCAGCAGCUCCAGGCAGGCCGGCUUCGGGGGGGGCAUGGAAUAUAGCUGGUGUUCAGGUCUCCCCCUCCUCAGACAGUCUCUGUCCUCUGAAGUUGCCAACUCAGGCGAGUUUCCAUUUUGCAUCAAUAUCCUCCGUCUGUUGAUUUUUCCAUAUUGAAAUAAACAGUUUUCC